ACGUCAAUUGAGGGGUCCUGCAUGAACGGAUGUCUCCACGUGAGAGUAUCAACAGCAUGAUGGCUUGCAUGUAAAUUCGUCCCUCAACUCAACUUUUUUGGUGUUUCUUGGAUAUUGAACAACAGCCGCAGUGCGCGUGUGCCUGAAGCAGUGAGACGAUGGCGACAGUACGCAAGAAGGUUGACAACCGGAUUCGUGUCCAGAUCGAGAAUGGAGUCGCUCUGCAGCACCGGACCAUGUUUGUGGUGGUGGGAGAUCGUGGGAGAGAUCAGGUUGUCAUUCUGCAUCACAUGCUGUCCAAAGCCAGCGUCAGAGCGCGACCCUCUGUCCUCUGGUGUUACAAGAAAGACCUGGGAUUCAGCAGCAAUCGCAAGAAGCGCAUGAGACAGCUGCAAAAGAAGAUCAAAACUGGCACAUUGAAUCUGAAUCAGGACGAUCCGUUUGAACUAUUCAUUGCUGCAACCAACAUCCGCUACUGUUACUACAACGAGACACACAAGAUCCUCGGAAACACCUACGGCAUGUGUGUCUUGCAGGAUUUUGAAGCUGUCACUCCCAAUCUCUUGGCAAGAACAGUUGAGACUGUAGAAGGAGGCGGUAUCGUGGUGCUGCUGCUGAGGACGAUGAACUCUCUGAAGCAGCUGUACACGAUGACAAUGGACGUUCACUCUAGAUACCGCACUGAGGCUCAUCAGGAUGUGGUGGGAAGGUUUAAUGAGAGGUUCAUUCUGUCUCUUUCAUCCUGUAAAAACUGUGUUGUCAUUGAUGACCAACUCAACAUCCUGCCCAUAUCCAGUCACAUGGCAAACAUAAAGCCUGUUCCUCCAAAGACUCAGGAGGACGGUUUGUCUCCGCGAGAACAGGAGCUAAAGGAUCUGAAGGAGUCCCUUCAGGACACUCAGCCUGUGGGUGUGUUAGUGGAUUGCUGCAGGACCAUGGACCAGGCUAAAGGUGUGUUGAAGUUCAUUGAGGCGAUCUCAGAGAAGACUCUGAGGAGCACCGUGGCUCUCACUGCAGCUCGAGGUCGAGGCAAAUCUGCAGCUCUGGGGCUGGCUGUGGCUGGAGCUGUGGCUUUUGGCUACUCCAACAUCUUUGUAACCUCGCCGAGCCCAGACAACCUCCACACCAUGUUUGAAUUUAUCUUCAAAGGCUUCGAUGCUCUGCAGUAUCAGGAGCAUCUUGACUAUGAAAUCAUCCAGUCUUUGAAUCCAGAGUUUAACAAAGCCGUGGUACGGGUGAACAUCUUCAAAGAGCAUCGUCAGACCAUUCAGUAUAUCCACCCUGGUGAUGCAGUGAAGCUCGGCCAGGCGGAGCUGCUGGUCAUCGACGAGGCUGCAGCCAUCCCCCUGCCUCUGGUUAAGAAACUUCUGGGGCCUUACCUGGUCUUCAUGGCCUCCACCAUCAACGGGUAUGAAGGCACCGGGCGCUCCCUCUCCCUCAAACUGAUUCAGCAGUUGAGGCAGCAGAGUGCAGACAGUCAGCAGAACAUGUCUGCAGAGAACAGGACCUCCACUACAGCAAGGCUGUCGGCAGCUCGCUGUCUCCAUGAGGUUUCUCUCCAAGAGUCCAUCCGGUACGCUCCAGGGGACGCUGUAGAAAAAUGGCUGAACGACCUUCUCUGUCUGGACUGUUUGAACAUCCCCAGACUCAUUUCGGGCUGCCCACUCCCACAGACGUGUGACCUAUAUUACGUGAACAGAGACACACUGUUCUGUUAUCAUAAAGCAUCUGAGGCUUUCCUGCAGAGGCUGAUGGCCCUUUACGUGGCAUCUCACUACAAGAAUUCACCAAACGAUCUGCAGAUGUUGUCUGACGCUCCGGCCCAUCACCUCUUCUGCCUGCUGCCCCCGGUUCCUCCCACACAGAACUCUCUGCCUGAGGUGCUGGCUGUGGUGCAGGUGUGUCUUGAGGGAGAAAUAUCUCGACAGUCCAUCCUGAACAGUCUGUCCAGAGGAAAGAAGGCGUCUGGUGACCUCAUCCCCUGGACUGUGUCAGAACAGUUCCAAGACCCGGAGUUCGGCGGCCUCUCUGGAGGCAGAGUGGUACGGAUCGCCGUCAAUCCAGACUAUCAAGGGAUGGGCUACGGCUCCAGAGCUCUCCAGAUGCUGCAGAUGUACUAUGAGGGCAAGUUUCCCACCAUGGAUGAGAGCACACACUCCAAUCACAAUGAGAUCACCUCGAUCAGCAAUGAGGCUGUCAGUCUGCUGGAGGAGGUGGUCACUCCACGGAAGGAGCUCCCCCCUCUGCUGCUGAAACUGAGUGAGAGGAGAGCGGAGAGACUCGACUAUCUGGGAGUAUCUUACGGCCUGACUGCACAGCUGCUCAAGUUCUGGAAGAAAGCCGGUUAUACUCCAGUCUACUUAAGACAAACCCCUAAUGACCUGACAGGGGAGCACUCCUGUGUGAUGCUGAAGGAGCUGAACACAGAUGAAACCCCCGAGCAGAGCCAGUGGCUGUCUGCCUUCUGGAAAGAUUUCCGCCGGCGCUUCCUGUCUCUCCUCUCCUACCAGUUCAGCUGCUUCCACCCGAGCCUGGCGCUCAGCAUCCUGCAGAAUAAAAAGUCCAAGGAGGAGACGAGCACAAUCAGUAGCUCCGAGAUGGCUUCCCAUUUCAGCCCCUACGACCUCAAACGUCUGGAGCUGUACUCGAGGAGCAUGGUGGACUACCACCUCAUCAUGGACCUGGUUCCAACAGUAGCACGCAUGUUUUUCCUCAAGCAGCUCGGUGACCUCUCCCUCUCAGCCGCGCAGUGUGCGUUACUGCUGGGCGUUGGGUUGCAGCACAAAUCAGUGGACCAGCUAGAAAAGGAAAUUGAGCUCCCAAGCUCGCAGCUCAUGGGCCUUUUCAACCGUCUGAUCCGGAAACUUGUGCAAGUCUUCACCAGCAUCCAAGAAAAAGCUAUUGAAGCAGAGAUGGCCACUACCAAAGAUGUUUCCAUGGAGCCGACUGUUAGAAGCCUUAACGAUGAUCUGACUGAAGCUGCAAAGGAGUUUGAGGAGAAACACAAAGAGGAUGUUGAGAAAGUAAAGGAAAUGGACCUGGAGGAGUACAAGAUCCGUGGGGACGAUGAGGAAUGGGACCAGGUGUUGAAGAAAGCAGGAGGCACGGCUAUCGUCAGCAUCAAGAGUGAUAAGAAGAGGAAGUAUGAAGGGGGAAAUGCCAACCCAAGCAAUGGGACUCCCCAACAGGGGAAGCUCAAAAAGAAGGAAAUGCAACAUGGGAAGUUCAAGAAGAACAAGGACCAGCAUGGAAAGUUUGGAAAGAAAGUGCGACAGUAACCGUGCUGCCUGUACUGGACAGCGUGUGUGCACGAAGAAGCAUCAACAUGAUCCCUUUGGAUAUCUUAGCUGGACUUACAGAUGCUGAAGAUCACCCAAAAGACUGGCUUAAGAUGUUUAUUCUCAUAGCUGUUUUUUUUUAAUUAUACCAAGGUUUCUAUUACGUUUGUUGGUUUGAUUUAUGACAUCAUUUAACAGCAGAUACACGUUAGACUUCCCUUUUUAGUUGAUGUAACAAUUUCUACAAAGACUUGUAAAAAAGUUAAUGGAAAUAUUUUUGUAAACUAUUAUUUGAGGUAAAUAUCUGGCUUUAGGUGUCACUAGACGGGUUCACUGUUCACUUGAACACCUGAGGCUUUAGAUCAAUCCACUCCUGUCUGAGCUGCUGUUUCACGUCGUCCGGUGCAAAGAUACAGUUAAUGGCCUGCUGGGACAGCUUCCACACAGCUUCACGACUGAGACCGAACGUGGAGGCUGCCAGCUGAUAUUCCUGAGACAAGUCCGUAGAGAAGACUCCUUUAUCGUCAGUCUGUAAUGUGACAGA